AUGCAAUACAAACUUGUUCUGGUCGUUUUUGCGCUGCUCUUUGCAGCAAACCUUAGCACAACCUCGGCGGCUGUGCUCAACAUCUACGGAGCUGGAAGUACCUUCGUGCAGGACGUGUAUGAAGGAGCUGUCUAUACGUACCAGUUCGUGAACCCCAACGUGAAAGUGCACUAUCACCCGACGGGAUCAGGAGGAGGGUUGAAGCGUAUCAUGCAAGGAAGCACGAUGUCGCCUGAUUCGCACGGACCUCCUUACGACAUCGACUUCUGUGGCUCAGACGAGAUCCUGACACCUGAUGACUACAAGAAGUAUCCUGACAUGCAGCUUUACCCUGCUAUCGCAGGAGCAGUCGUUCCCAUCUACAACAUCCCUGAGCUGCCAACAAAUCUCGACCUGAUUCUGCACAUGCAGACUAUCGUCGACAUCUUUGCCGGGAAGAUUGAGUACUGGAACCAUCCCAGCAUCGUCGAUAACAACAAGGGAAACAAUGGAGUGGACGCCAUCCUGGCUACAGUCAACCAGAAGAUCAAGGUGUUCGUCAGGUCUGAUUCUUCCGGUACCACCGAAAUCUUCAAGAAUACCCUCUCUGACGUCGACCCCAUGUUCAAUGUCUACUUCGGCAUCGCAAACAACUCCAACACCGCCUGGAAGUCUCCCUACCUUGGCAACAACUACACGCAUGCACGCGAUGGGAACCCUGGGGUGGCUUCAGGGGUAGUUGCCACACCCUACGGCAUCGGUUACUCCGUGCUCAGUGACGCUGUGAGAAUCGGGCUGCGCAUGGCGAGCGUGGUGAAGCCAGGAAGCACGCAGGUCGUGAAGCCAACGGAAGAAGGAGUGGAGUUCGCCGUGUCGGAGAAGGGGAUGGGUAGGCUACUGUCUCCUCUCUCGCACCUCCCGUGCUGA